UGCACACAGUGUUCAUUCAGCUCAGAUCACCGAACCGACAGGACCAGAAGCAGCAGGACUGGAUAGAUCAGGACCAGAAGCAGCAGGACCGGAUAGAUCAGGACCAGGCCUAUAACACAGAGAAGAUUCAAAGAGCAGAAGAUUCACCUGGUGCUCCUCUGUGAACUCUGUGAGGACUCUGCUGUCUCUACUGUGUCUGUCAGGUCUGAAUCUGAAGGAUCUUGAACUCUUCAGUGUCAGUGACUCUGUGAGACUCGACGCCUCUACUGUCAGUGUCAGCCCAUCAUGUCCUCUCUGUUUUCUGCCUUCUUCUUCAUGGCCGUUGGUCUCCUUGUCGACACCUCUCCGACAGUCUCUCCGGGUCCCGAUGUUGAAGUGGCGUCUCGGCUCCAGGAGGGGGCGUCAUCCUCAGAAUGCCCGUCCUGCUCUCUGGCUCAGAUGAGGAGGAACUCAUCUUCGUCAGGAGGACAGAGUGACAUGGUGGAGGCGGUGAAGCGUCACAUUCUCAACAUGCUGCACCUGAGCACGCGGCCUAACCUGACGCAGCCGGUCCCUCGCGCCGCGUUGCUCAACGCCAUCAAGAAGCUACACGUUGGCCGCGUGGCUGAAGACGGCAGCGUUGAGAUCCCGGAGGAGGGCCGGGGCCCCAGGGCCCAAACACCGCCUGAACCACCUUCUGAAAUCAUAACGUUCGCAGAGCCAGGAGACUCACCGGACACAGUGACCUUUGACAUGUCGAAGGAGGGUAGCGGCUCGUCGCUGGUGGAGCAGGCCAACGUCUGGAUCUUCCUGAAGAUGUCGAAGGGAACCCGAGCGAAAGGCAAAGUGACGCUGCGGCUGCUGCAGCUUCACGUCGACGAGGAGAAGGAGGAGUGUAUCUCCGAGAAACUGGUGGACACCCGUCGCAGCGGCUGGCACACCGUGGCCGUCCCCCGCAACGUCCAGGCACUGCUGGACGCCGGCGACAGCUCGCUCACCCUGCGAGUUUCCUGCCCAAUGUGCCCAGAGGCCGGAGCCUUGCCCGUCCUGAUGCCAUCCAUUGAUGGCGAGCGAGCCAGCGGCCGUGAUCAGUCUCACAGGCCGUUCCUCAUGGUGGCGCUGCGGCCCGGAGAGGAGGCGACUCAGCGACGGGUCAAACGAGGUCUGGAGUGUGACGGGAAAAUACGCCUCUGCUGCAAACGACAAUUUUACGUGAACUUUAAGGAUAUCGGCUGGAACGACUGGAUUAUCGCUCCGUCCGGUUACCACGCCAACUACUGCGAGGGCGAUUGUCCGAACCACAUGGCGAGCUUCAGCGGCUCGUCCCUGUCCUUCCACUCCACCGUCAUCAACCAUUAUCGCAUGCGGGGCUACGGCCCGUUUCAGAACACCAAGUCGUGCUGCGUGCCAACGCGGCUCCGCGCCAUGUCCAUGCUGUACUACAAUGAAGAGCAGAAGAUCAUCAAGAAAGACAUCCAGAACAUGAUCGUGGAUGAGUGCGGCUGCUCGUAAACGCUUUGAACACGAUAGAAACAUUUCCUGCUUCCUGCGGGGAAAAUAUCAGGUCAGCACUUUCCAGUAAAGAUCCAGUAUUUAUGUUUAGUGAUGAGCAUUGUAUUUCUUAUUGGGAGAGACUCUUUUCCACAUUGGAACCAGCUGAGAUACUAUGCAAUGUGUUUUCUAUUGUUUUCUAUUGUUAAAGUUCAUCUCUGAUAAUGUUCAGAUACUUGAAAAAAAUGUAUUCAAUAGGCUGCUGGAGCCAAACAUUAUUACAACAUUCCUGGCAGAGAUUUUGAGAUUUCUAAAGAAAGCCAAAGACGGUCGAUGACGAGAGUUUGAAGGAUGUGAAGACGAUUUUUGAUUUAUUAAUAAAUAAAGACAAAGUGUACGUUUAAUAAAAACAGAAAUGUUUCAUUGUGAAGAGAAUAAGACGUGUCACUGCCAACUUUCUAUAAUUUAUUUGCAUUUUGUCUUUUAUAGGUUCAUUAUUAAACAAUGAUGUUUG